AUGCAACCUUCUGAUAGCGAAGCUCCACUCUCUGGUACCUCUAAAGCAAGUUCUGGUAAUGUUGUUGAUAAUGAGUCUCCAGAUGAGAUGUCAAUACCAGAAGGGUUCGAGAUUGCCAACACUCCAGCAAGUUCCUCAAGAGAAGGUUCAGCAAGACAUGCUAGCUCGACUACUUCAAGGUCAUCUGCUUCAAACAUCCACCCGGAAAUCUCAGAAGACUUCCGCGACUCGGUUGCAGAGAUAAGCCCAGUUUCGGGUACAGCAGAACCACGCACAGUCUAUCCGCAGCUUGGGUCUACAAACAGAUUUCAGGGCAUGGAUUUGGGACGUGGAAACGUUCUGGUUAGUGGUGUCGGUAGUGUGGGUACAGACUCGAAUCGCUCAGGUUACUUUCACAAUCGCUCUAUCAAAACGACCUACACCACUAAGUUGGCUGGUACCGAGGAUGAGCUUGUGAUUGUUAAGAGGCAGUCCAGAUCGAGUUUCUUGCCUAAGGAUACUGUUGCUGAAAAGCCAUGGCUCGAGGGAAAGACUCGGAAGAGACUCAAGUAUCUCAAUUGGAUCUUCUGUGCUGGUAUCUUUGCUGGGUUGUGUGUGAUUGGAGUACAAGUGUGGAUGGCUUGGAGAUCAAUCACUAACUUCGACUAUUGUGAAGUUCUAAUUGACGAGUUCGAGACCUUCAGAGAUGACAUUUGGACCCGUGAAGUCCAGGUUGGUGGGUUUGGUAAUGGUGCCUUUGACUGGACAACUUCUAGCGAAAAAAACUCAUACGUUAAGGACGGGAAACUUUACAUUCUUCCCACCUUGACCAAUGAGACCAUUUCCAACGAAGACAUCAUGAACGGCUACACUGUCAAUCUCACUGCAGAUGGCACAUGUACGGGACAUGGUAAGUCACAGUGUUGGGUAUCGUCUAAUCUCACCAAGAGCGUGAUUAUUCCUCCAGUACAGAGUGCUCGUCUCAACACUAAGAUAUCUGCAAACAUCAAGUAUGGUAAAAUCGAAGUGAGAGCUAAAAUGCCUAGAGGUGAUUGGCUUUGGCCUGCUAUUUGGCUUUUACCUGUGAAUGAUACCUAUGGACCUUGGCCCGCUAGUGGAGAGAUUGACAUUGCUGAAUCCCGAGGAAAUGGUGUUCACUACCCUGAAGGAGGCUACGACCAGAUCUCUAGUGCACUUCAUUGGGGUCCUUCGUCUGCUGUGGAUGGAUACCUUCAAACGUUCAAGACCUACCAGAGAAAGAUCGGGCUGUUUGGAACUACUUACCAUACCUUUGGAUUGGAGUGGAGCGACAAAUAUAUCAAAACCUACGUUGAUAGACGUUUACAACAAGUGUUUUAUCACAAGUUCAACAAACCAUUCUGGCAGGUUGGCAAAUUCCAGACCACUUACCAGAAUGGAUCGUUUAUCGAAAACCCUUGGCCGCUCAAUGGUGCCAACUCGGACAUUGCACCUUUUGAUCAAGAAUUCUACUUGAUCCUCAAUGUUGCUGUAGGUGGAACUAACGGCUUUUUCCCUGACCAGAUGGGUAAUAAGCCAUGGAUCAAUACUCAAGAAAACACGGCAGCUUCAUCUUUCUGGUCCUCCGUGAGUAGUUGGUACCUGUCGUGGCCCAGUGAUCCUGAGGAGAGAGCCAUGGUGGUAGAGUCGGUGAAGAUGUAUAAGAUCUGCGAUAAGCUGAAGAGUUAG